UCUGCAUCAUUUGCCUCUCCACGCUGCGCCGCCACUCCUCUCUUUCACUCUGUACAGUUUUCCAGGAGGACCAGUUCCUGUCAGACUCCUUUCACACACACGCACACACGCACACACACCUCAGCGCGGACAUCUGCAGCACCGACCGAUAGUCAUGGCUUUACCGGACACUGCCCCUCUGCUCGUGGGACUACUGCUCCUCUUUCAUGCUUUUGGAGCAUGGGCCAUAGUGGAGGUGAACAUGGAGGACAAAGUGGAGGUAAUGGCUGGAGAGACGGCUCAGAUCACCUGCAUGUUUACAACUGACGAGGGCCUGGGCGGCACCACCAUACAGUGGUUCUAUGUGCUACCUAAUAAGGAGAGACAGAGAAUCUACAACAAGGAACCAAUGCAUGAGGCUGCAGAACAAAACACACUGUUCACGCAUCGGAUCAGCUUGAACGUCAAUGGAACCGCUGCUGUGCUGGCUAUCAGAGAUGUGGGAGUGAGGGACAACUUGGAGUUUAUCUGUGUCAUCAAAACUCUCACACCUGAGGAAGCAGAGGGACGAACCCAGCUCCAAGUGUUUAAAUCACCAACCUUUCCUACAAUUGAGGCAGUGGAAACAGGGAUAUCAGUAAAUGAAGAAGCUCCAUCCAAGAUUGGGUCUUGCAGGGUCAAAAACGGAUACCCAAAGCCACAUAUCACUUGGUACAGAAACAACAUGCCCCUUCGCAAUACUCCACGUGAGGUGGUUGUAACCUCCAGCACCACUAUUGAAUCGAGUGGUCUUUUCUCAGUCCAGAGUGAGCUGACAAUGAAAGUUAAGAAGGAGGACAAAGAUGCAGUGUUCUACUGCGAAGUCAUCUACUUUGUCCCUGGAGCGACCAAGAUGACCGAGAGUCAGCACAUUAACAUCACUGUAUACUAUCUCCCCACUGAAGUAACUAUUUGGGUGGAGUCACCAAAGGGCAAAAUCAAGGAAGGGGACACACUUGAGCUUCGCUGCGAUAACAAUGGCAACUAUCCAUCCUCAAUCACCACAAUUAAGCACCAAAAUAGUGAAUACUCUGUGGAGAACAAGACUAUGGUGCGGACUAAUGUGAAGCGUUUAGACGGUGGAGUUUAUGAGUGCACCUUUGAGGAAACGGAUAACUUUGAGGUGAUCUCAAGGAGUACUAAGGUGUCGGUUAACUACCUUGAAUCUGCUGUUAUAAUGCCUAAAGACAGCAUUGCGGUGAUGGAAGGAGAGGAGCUGAAGGCCAGCUGCAAUGCCCUGUCUUCUCUCCAGACAUCCACAACCUGGUUUAAGAAUGAAAAGUUGGUGUCAAAAGGCAACACUUUGAGUGUGAAGAGCGCAACGUUAGAAACAGCAGGGAUGUAUAAGUGCGUUGUGACCGUUCCUGAGAUGGAGGGGAUGAAAACCAGCAGCACACUUCAAGUCAAUGUUAAGGGUUCGCCACAGAUUUUGGGGCCAGAUGUCCAAGAAGUGGAGACUUAUGAGACAACUGUUAAUCUGACCUGCAGUGCCACAGGGUUUCCUGCUCCCACAAUUAUGUGGACAACUUCUGAUGGGAAGAACCUAAAUGCAUUGCAAACAGAGACUGAAGAUGGCGCUCAGAGUGUGGUCACUUUCAAGAUCACCCCCAAUGUGAAAGUUUUCUGCAAUGCCAGCAAUGACUUUGGCUCUAAAGUGGUGGAGUUCAACAUCAAAACCAUUUUAAACACCACAUUAACAACAAUCACUUCCAUGCCAACAAUCAGCACUACCACACGAUCAACCACUACUAUAUCCAGUGACACAGUUGUACACACCACACCAACAACCACCACUACCACAUCAACCAAUACUAUAACCUAUGACACAGUUUUAUACAACACAUCAACUGCCAAUACUACCAUACCAUCAACAAACAUUACCUUUAUCAAUGACACCGUUACACAAAACACAUCAACUAACUAUGUCAAUGACCCAGUUCAAACGCCCACCAAAUCACCAAAUAUCAAGAAAGAGAGCAAAGGUUUUGUUAUCGCAAUCAUCAUCAUCGCCAUCUUCCUUCUGGCUAUCUUGGGAAGCGUGCUCUAUUUCCUGUACAAGAAGGGCAGGAUCUGCGGCCGAUCUGGCAAGCAAGACUUCAGUAAGAGGAAGUCCAGCAAAGAUAACAUUGUGGUGGAGAUGAAAAGCGACAACACAGAGGAGGCGAUUCUCCUUGGGGUCAACGGAGAAAAGCAACAACCAAAUGACCAAUAAAGACCGAUGAGCGUCUGCACGCGUGAAAGUGAAGAGGUGACACACCGACGGCUGCUCCCGUUCUCCCCUCUCAGCCUCAGGCCCCGCUGCUGCCUUCAAGCACCCACAGCUUUUUAUUCCAAUCGUGACUAUCAGGACAAAAGUUAUUCCAAGCUAUGGCUUUUUCUCUUUCUGCCCUUUACGUGCCAGCUCCUCUGUUGGAAUGCAUCUCGAGCUUUAAUGAAGAAGGUUGGAAAGUUUCAUUUCAGAACUAAGAAAUCUCCCUUCAACCCCAAGGAAUGCCGCAGGUUCUCCUCACAGUGUACUGCUGAUAGUCCACAGAACAAUAAUUAGAGCACAAAGCCGACCAGGGACUAUUUUUAUACCCCAAAAAGCAUCACCUCAAGCCCCUUCAGUCACCGAAGAGCAGCCUGAAACAGCUGAGCUAAUGUACAUAUUAUUAUCUAUGUAUAUAUUUCUUUAUUUAAAGUAACACAAUGUGGGGGAAAAGAGAAAAAAGCAAGACAAGAUAGUGUGGUGGGGUUUUGUGUUUUUUAAGGAAGAUAGCAAGGAGAGUUUAAGUAGAUAUUUCUUUUUUAUUAUUUUGUCUUUACACUGAAUUGUUUUUGUAGCUCUAGCGAUGCCUCACCUCUACAGCCAGUUCACAGCUUCACCAAAUAUUGGCUCUGAAAGAAAAAUUUGAAUCGCGUACCUUUCACAUUAUUUUGAUAUCUACUCCUCUAACACUCAACUUUCACACAACCUGCGGAGUAUAAAGUAUAUUAACUAGUCAUUUUGUGAGGCAGGUGAACAAAUCUGACUAUGUUAUGCAGUCCAGUUAUAAACGACGAUGCCUUAGAAUCUACAUUCGAAGCCAUUUUUUUAUUGUUAUAUUUAAUGUUCAGCGCACUGAUUUCUUUGGUGAUUCAUGCAGGCUUUGUUGUUGUGGAAGGAGCCACCAUCUUUCAUCGUUCUAUACGUUCAUGACAUGCUUCACUUCUGUAAUCAUUUCUUUUGAAAUUUUAAAGUUGGAGAGUAGUGGUGUUUGGUGAAUACACAUGGGUUCACGGCAUGAUGUUUCCUUCUUUAUAAGAAAAAGACAUUUCUGUGUGACGAAUGAAGAAAUUCAUGUAUCGAGCAAAACUUGAAACACUGUUGAAAACUGUUGUGUCCCAGAGAGGCAUGAGAAUGCCCCUCAGCCUUGAUGCCUUAAAACAUCAACCACUCCUCAUUUAAGUGUAACCAGAGCCUUUCUUUUUCAUUUCGGUAACUAGACUAGACUUCACUACUGAGAGGAGGGGACUGACUGUGACUCCGCAUAUGCAAAUCGUGUUUGAAGACAGUUAAGCCUCUGUUUUGUUUCUGCUGUUGAUGCGUGUGACCACUGUUCAAUGUAUAAUGCCUUUUUAAAGACUGAAAGAUAAAAUGUGUUAUAAUAUCACUGAAGACAUUAUAACAUAUUUAACAAAUCUGAUUGUUUGUAGUUUUUUUUUGUGAAAUUCUACCAAAUAAAAAUGGACUGUUAAAUGAA